AAUGUAAACACAACGAGUAAACACUAGUGAAAAUGCACGUGUUGAGCCGAAGUCGUCCAGUACUUUGCAGUGGAGCGAAAAGCGACAGUGUGGUUCCAGUAUUUUGUUAGUUAGCGGGCUGUGGCGAAUAGUAUAAAAUAUUUCUGCUUCAUAUGUCUCUCAUUUCCAUCCUUGAUUUGUCUUUGUGACAGUCAUUUAAGUGUGUAAUUUUGAAAAACAAAAAAUGUUUGUACUUGCCGAAAUGAAGCAUGUCAUACGAAUUCCACCACAUGAUUUUAAGAAGAGGCUUAAUGAUGCUAUUUCAGAAGAACUGAACAAGAAGUUGGCGAACAAAGUUGUUUUAAAUGUCGGUUUGUGCAUUGCACUGUUUGACAUAACACGUUUAGAAGAUUCUUACAUAUUCCCUGGUGAUGGCGCAGCACACACCAAAGUAAACUUCCGUUAUGUUGUAUUCAGGCCAUUCAUGGAAGAAAUACUCAUCGGUAAAAUUAAAAGCUGUAGCCCAGAAGGCGUUCAGGUUACACUUGGGUUUUUUGAUGAUAUAAUUAUUCCACCAGCAUCGUUACAGCAUCCGUCAAGGUUUGACGAAACAGAACAAGCCUGGGUUUGGAAGUAUGACACUGAUGGUGACACACAUGAUUUGUUUAUGGAUCCAGGAGAGACAAUAAGAUUUCGUGUUACUGCUGAGAGCUUUGUGGAAACAUCACCUGUUGGUCCUGAGAAUCCAGAUGUAAAAGAUGCAGUCGAUACUACAGAAGAGCCAAAAGUUCCAUACAAACUGACGGGUAGCAUCAAUGAACCAGGUCUUGGUCUUUUGUCUUGGUGGGCAAAUUCGUAAUGUACAGACACUUUGGAAGAAGAUUGAUGUAUUUAACAGCCAGGAACUUGUACAACAUGAUGUCAACACAGGUAGUUAAUGCAGUAAUUGUAUUUUUGGAUUCAUUUGUGUUCAUGGUCUGUUGUAAGCAAUAAAUUUAUUAUUCAAGUAUUCUUUAAAUAUCUUUAUUAUUCUUUAAUAACAACAUCACAUAAAAAUUAAAAACAAAGAAAAUUACAAUUACUUAAUUGGCGCCUUGUCACAUUUGCUAUCAUGCAUUACCAGUAAGAAAUUUACAAUAUUUACAUGUUGUACUAUGUGUGAUAAAACAAAUAAACUUACAUUAUAUUUUGAAGGCAUGUACUCUUUUAUUGUUAUUAGUUGCUGGCAUUUCUACACAAAAAUUAAUACUGGUAUUUGUCUCAGCCUGAUUAUAUUUACCAUUGUCCUGUAAACCUAAAAUUAAGGAACCAUGUGUAAUCUCUUUCCAAGUUUCAUUUGGUUAAAGGGCAUGUUCUUGGUAACAGCAUUGUACUGGUGGUAUGUCAAGCUGUAAUACUGGCUAACUAAAAUUCAUCAACCAUUUCACACUGCAAGGAGAUAAACAGGGAGGAGGGAGAAGAACAGUGUGAUAUCACUUUUUUUAAUUUGUGUAUAUAUUUACAAUAACCAGAAGUUUAAAUCUCAAACAGCACACAGCUUUUUUAUGAAAAUAGUUCUCAUAAAAUUCAUGAAGUAUACAACAUUUCUUAGAAUGGUAUGAUUUUGUGUGACAUUAUUGCAGUUACAGGUGCACAUCACAGACUUGAAGUAAAAAGUUAUAAGAUUACUAUUUACACUUUUCAGAUGAGCACUUUUUACAUAUUUUUGUUUCCUCUUGUGGCCAAGAGACAGGUAUCAUACUGUCAUUGAAUUGGCCCUAUAUCAUUUAUUUCUGAUUAUUAGGGUAAUGGAGAAUUAAGGUGCAUUAUUAGGAAAGGGAAACUUUAAACUGAAAAAGUAGUAUGCAUUAUAGAAACCAAUGAAGUUUUAACAUCAUAAAAUACUUUGUUCCUAUUGCCAAUAUCAGCAAAUAGGUUAUCUGGAAUAAGGAUAAAUUUAAUUAGACUUUUGUGUUGAGCUCACAUGCUGAUCAGUUCUGAUACCUGUACCUUAUGCAUCACUACAGGAGAUAUUUAUGGAUGUCAGUAGUAUAUUACUUUGUUGCAGAGUCUCCAGAUUCAUAAAAAAUAUUUCAUUUAGAAACAUUUAUACAUUAAGUAUUAAUAACUUAUUC